AUGGUACAGAAGGGAAAUGUGUUAAUGCAAAAAUAUGAACUGGGAAGAUUAUUAGGCCAAGGAACGUUUGCUAAGGUCUACCAUGCGAGGAACCUUAUAACUGGCGUGAGUGUGGCUAUUAAAGUAGUUGAUAAAGAAAAGAUUUUGAAAGUCGGGAUGGUUGAUCAAAUUAAGCGGGAAAUUUCGGCCAUGAAAUUAGUAAGACAUCCGAAUGUGGUUGAGCUUUAUGAGGUAAUGGCCACUAAAACUAAGAUUUUCAUUAUCAUGGAGUAUGCAAAAGGUGGCGAGCUCUUCAACAAGGUAGCCAAGGGAAAGCUCAAGGUGGACGUUGCUAGGGCAUAUUUUCAGCAGCUGAUGAGCGCAGUUGACUACUGCCACAGCAGGGGUGUGUGUCAUCGAGAUUUAAAACCCGAAAAUCUACUAUUGGAUGAAAAUGAGAAUUUGAAGGUUUCGGAUUUUGGUUUAAGUGCCCUUUCUGAAUCAAAGCGCCAAGAUGGGUUACUUCACACUACGUGUGGCACCCCUGCGUAUGUUGCUCCAGAAGUGAUAAACAGAAAGGGUUACGAUGGAAGCAAAGCUGAUUUAUGGUCGUGCGGGGUAAUCUUGUUUGUUCUAUUGGCUGGUUCUCUUCCAUUCCAAGAUCAAAAUCUGAUGGAGAUGUACAGGAAAAUCAGUGAAGGAGAAUUCAAAUUCCCUAAAUGGUUUGCACUAGAGGUUCGCCAGUUGUUGUCCAAAAUAUUGGAUCCAAAUCCAAAGACUCGGAUAUCAAUGGCCAAGAUCAUGGAAAAUUCUUGGUUUAAAAAGGGGUUAGAGAAGCCAGUUGUUAUCGAGACUGAAAACCAUGAACUAGCUACUCAGCCUGCUGAUGGAGUGUUUGAAGUAUCCGAAAACGGUAGUGGUUCUAUUACGGAGACAAAACAACAGGUGAAACCUUGCAACAACUUAAACGCCUUUGAUAUAAUCUCCUUCUCGUCUGGUUUUGAUUUAUCCGGUUUGUUUGAAGACACAAUUCUAGAAAAAGAGAUGCGGUUUUUGUCUAACAAGCCAGCCUCGAUUAUAAUCUCUAAGCUGGAAGAAAUUUGCAAGUGUCUUUGCUUGAAAGUUAAGAAAAAAGACGGGGUUUUGUUAAAGCUGGAAGGUAGGAAAGGGACACUGAAUAUUGAUGUGGAGAUUUUCGAGAUUACCCCUCACUUCCAUCUUGUGGAACUUAAGAAGUCCGACGGGGAUACAUCUGAGUAUCAGAAGCUUUUGCAGCAGGAGAUUAGACCAGCACUUAAGGACAUUAUGUGGAACUGGCAAAGAGAACAACUUCAACAUGAAGUAGUGCAGGAAGAACAACAACCAUCUCUUGUUGCUCAAAUUUAG